AUGGCUACUUGGAGGGAAGGACCCACAGUGGACAGGACCUUUGUGAUCAACGGUGCCAACGAGGGUGACCCCAUCUUUGGCCACUGUGACAAUCUAUCGAGGAACUUAAUAGACGAUGACGUUCCUCCAAUCCAACGCACCAUCGCAGCAGUGCCAUGUGAGACCACUAUAGCCGCACCGCCGUUGGCGCUACACGCAAUCGAUAUACAGUCUUGUCAACAACCCGAUGUUGGUGACCGCAAGAGUGUCUUGGAGUGCAGCGGCCUACCUCCUGAACCAGACCUUUUCAGCAUAGAGAUGCUCCGGCUUCUUUCGUUGUAUUCGGCGGACACGUCCAGAUACCGACGCUUUCGGCACAAUAUGCACCGCAGAGGUGCCGGGCCAAUACGGCACCAAUUGGAAAUCAUGCGCCGUUGCGUCAGCGAAGCACUCCGAGCAUCAGAUGGGUCAAUCAACGGCACAGAAUUUGUGCGUUUGGUUCUGCGACGUCAUCCAUGUUAUGGCCAGACUACGGUCGCAGCAGCCCUCUUGAGACAGCUGAUUCCUGGUUUACUACGAUGCCUCGCCAAGGCCAAUCGCCGAGGACUACUGAGCAUUGCGACAACGGUCAUUAAACACUGGGUUACCCAGAAGGAUCCAUCAGAGUUAUCGCAGGAUGACAAUGAUUGUGCAAUGUCACUGCCGUCCGGCUGUAUCGUUCAUGUCCAUGUGGGCAAUGUCACGGAAUUUGAAAGAAUAUAG